AUGGCGCUGAAACGCAUCAAAAGGGAGCUGGAAGACCUCAGCAGAGACCCGCCGGCCAACUGCUCCGCGGGACCAAUCGACGGCACGGACAUGUUCAGCUGGCAAGCGACCAUCAUGGGCCCCAGCGACAGCCCCUUCGAGGGAGGUGUCUUCAAGCUGAACAUCUUCUUUCCCAAGGACUACCCUUUCAAGCCUCCGAAGGUAUGCUUCGCGACCAAGAUCUACCACCCGAACAUCAGCAACCACGGCGACAUCUGCCUGGACAUCCUCAAGUCCCAGUGGUCUCCGGCGCUGUCCAUCGCCAAGGUCCUGCUGUCCAUCUGCGUCCUCAUGUGCGACCCCAAUCCGGACGAUCCGCUCAUGCCCAAGAUAGCCUCCAUCUACAAGAACGACCGCCUGUCCUACGAGGUCACGGCCCGCGAGUGGACCCGCAUGUACGCCAUGGAGUGA